CCCAUUGACCUGAAUGCUCCUUACCCAUAACGCACCGCGAUCAUUCUUAGAGGUAAAAAUGGCGACGAGGACACCAGCAGCGACAGGCAGACUCCUGCUUGGGUUCCGCAAAUGGUAUUUCAACAUGUGUGGCUUCAACAAGCUUGGUUUAAUGCGUGAUGACACAAUCUAUGAGGAUUUAGAUGUGAAAGAGGCCCUGAGGCGGCUUCCAGAACAGCAGUACAACGAUAGGAUGUUCAGGGUCAAGAGAGCCUUGGAUCUCUCCAUGAAGCAGCAGAUCCUCCCGAAAGACCAAUGGACGAAAUAUGAAGAGGAUGUCCAUUACCUGACACCGUAUCUGGAUGAGGUGAUCCGUGAGAGGAAAGAAAGAGAGGAGUGGAUGAAGAAAUAGAUGGUUCCCGGUCAAAGCUGUUAAUCUUUGUCCUUGGUUGGUGCAUGGUUCCCCCGUGGCGUAGUAUUUAAAAUGAAAUGUGAUCUAUAUAAAACAGUGCUCAUUAAAGAAAUGUAAAUUUUG